AUGGAUUCCACUUCGUCACCGCUUAGCGAAGGGUCGUAUUCCAUUGACUCGAGAGUGAAUUUUGAAGAAGUUAGAAGACGCUCUCCCUUUCCUAGUGUGCCUAGAUCAUCACGUUCUAGAUCGCGUUCCUGGUCAAGACGAUACGACGUAUCAUCGCAGGAUCGCUAUCGACACAGGAGAGACAGAAGCAGAGAACGUAGACGUCGGGACAGAUCAAGAUCACGAGAUCGGCAUCGUAGACGUUCACCACGCAGGUCAUCAAGGAGCCGCUCCAGAUCUCGACGCAGAGAGCGUUCUUCAAGAUCCUCGCAGACGCCCCCACCUACGCCUGUCCUAGACCGAAUCUUCCCAAAGGAGGCUUCAGCCCAACUAGCAUCUUGGAUGUCUGUAGGACAGAAACCAGCUCAGACCAGAGAGCUGAGGGACAUUUUUAAACCGGCGUUCGAGGACGAAAAUUUUCUGUUGUCAUGCCCAAAAAUGGAUGACGUGGUAGAGCGACAGAUUUCCCGCAACAGGCACAGUAAAUUCAUCGCACAGAGAGAGUUGAUAUGGAAAUCAACACAUCUUAAGGUAUUAGAUAUCGUCAGACCGCUAAUUUCGCUUUGGAACCGCUUAGCUCCAAAUACAGAGGAAGGGUCGAUAUUGGAGAGCGCGAUCCGUCUUUGGGCGGAAGCUCACUUUUUUAUCUCAAAGAAUAGGAGAGCCAACGUGAUGAAUAGCGUUUAUCCACGCUUCAAAUCCCUUUUGAAAGACCCCACCAACUUUUCGCCUUCGGAAGUUGCCCAGCUUUUUGGUCCGACCUUUACAUCCGCUCUUCUGCAAGCAGCCGACGAGGACGCAAAGUUACAAAAAGUCGCAUCAGUCGGAAGGAUCAGUGGAGGAUUCGGCCAAAAAACUCAACAGAAACCAGCGGAUAAGCCAGAGGAUCCUCGCCCCGGGACUUCGAGACAAGGAGACCCGUCUGAGAGACGUGGUUACCAGACAAGGAGCAGAGGAGGUGGUCGAGGUAGGCAGGGACCAUUAAGACAAGUGAAGGAAGCAUCAAAAUAAUUUCAGUUCCCAGAGCUGCGGAAGUCCUAUUAUAUUCCAGCUAAUCUGGCAGCCUUCUUCACUCAGAAAAUCCUUCCAGAAGUUGAAAAAAAAAAAAAAAAAAAAAAAUUUCUCCUUUUUUUGUUAAUGUCUCGGUUCCUUCCCCUUUUUUGUUCCCUACCUUCCUCUUCCUGUGGAUCCGCACUCAGAAGCUAACGGGUCUGAGGCAUGAGGCACGGCAAUGGCGCGAAAAGAAC